AUGGAAUUCAACUAUCGUCCUUGUAAUUUAGCAUAUUAUACAACGUGGUGGUUACCUUCAAAGUCUUCAACUUCAAUUCAAACGACAGUAUUAUCAGCUCAGAAUUCAAAUAAAUUCGAUGAUGAGUCUAUUACUAUCCAACAGAAUAUCCAUCGAGAUGAAUCACAAUCAAAUUGUUGUAUUCCAUUUAAAAAAUGUCGAAUAAAACGAUAA